AGCGCACUCAAAUCUCAUGCUAUUCUUGACACCCCACUCCUCCUCCCAGACAUUCCAUCGAACAGUUUGCUUGCUUUCUUGCCCUUCUUCCGCAUCCGCCAUGGAUUCGCUGCCAGACGCCAUCGUCCACCACAUCCUCUGCAGUCUGAGCAACGCUCGCGACGUCGCCGCCUGUUCCUGCGUCUCACGGUACUGGAACGAGGCCGUGCCCUACAUCCCCUCCCUCUAUUUCCCCCGCAACUCCUUGGAUGGUGCUGCGGCCGCCGACGCCACCAUCGGCCGCAUGGUCGCCUCCGCUGUCUGCCUCCAGGAUCUCAUCGUCUAUUGUCCCUUCUCCUCCGCGUCCCUCGCCUCCUGGCUCGACCUUCGCUGCGGCACCCUCCGCUCCCUCGAGCUCCGGAUGGACGGCAUCGCCUCUAAGCCGGCCUCUGGGGGCGACGAUGAGCCCCCCGCUAAUGAACUCGAAUGCAUUGGCGUCGCCAGGGGCUUGGAGUCCUUGAAGCUAUGGGGCGUGUCGUUGACCACGUCGCCCAAUUGGAACUGCUUCGACAAGCUUCGUUUCCUGGAGAUCAUAGGGGCGACGCUGCGGGACGGUGCUUUGAGUGAUGCGUUGCACGCUUGCCCCAACCUCACCGACUUGGCGCUGCUUAGCUGCAACGGGGUCGCCGCCCUCUCCAUUGAGCUGGAGCGGUUGGAGAACUGCAGGCUCGAUUUCUUGGGGCCCGGAAAUUGCUCCCUCCAUUUAAGUUCCCCAAAGCUUCAGAUCUUAGAGAUCCAAGGUUUCAGCUGGAUUCGAGUCAAUCAAGAUCACCACAUACGAAGGCUCUGCAUUGCUAAAAGUUCAGGUAGAGUAUAUAAGGUGGAGCUAGGGAAGCUACCAGACCUGGAAUUUAUGUCCCUCAGAGGGAUCCAAUGGAGAUGGAGUGCAAUAAGCUCUAUACUGUAUUGUGCAAGUGAAGUUAGACAUUUGAUUAUGAAGAUUGAAUUUUGUGGUGAUUUUGACACACUCCAGCCCUUUCCAGAGAUUGACCUGGUUGAUUUUUUUAACAACCAUCCAAGGUUGUGCAAGUUUGAGAUUCAUGGGGCACUUUUUGCAGCUUUUUGCCAAAAGAAUAGCCUGAAAAAUUUGGAUUCAAAAUUUGUCAUACCUUACUUGGAAGAGGUUAUCAUCACUGUGAGGUCGCCCUUAAAUGCUGAGCAGAAGUUGAAUACCCUUGAAUCCGUGCUAAUGUAUAGUGUGAAAUUGCACAGGAUGACUAUUAGACUCUCGCAGAUGAAGAACUGUAAUGAGGCGGCUGAUGAUUUCUUCAAGGAUAUAUGCAAGUUGAAAUAUAUGAACUAUAACGUAGUUCAGAUUGAAUAAAACAGGUUCCUCUUCGAAUUAACUUGAAUGAUUGAGAAGUCUAGUUGACCAUUUCAGAUUCAGCAACCAUUGAAUGACCAUUCUUGUUUCUGUUGAAAUAUUCUCUUGUCAGUGCCUUUUCCUUAUUCAUUUUCCAUCUAAUCAGUGGUUGAGACUUGUUGAGGAUAACAUUUCUUUUACAACAUUGUUGCCGUUGUAGACUUCAACUAGUCAUGCAAAUUUAUGUAAUUGUAUUCUUGAUUGAAAAAAACAAUCACUGAGACGGAUAUAUAUGAUUCUAACAGUGAUGAGUUUUAAUUGCUCUA